AUGAAGCUCACCACACUCCUUAUCCGCACUUUCCUGCCGACACUCUCGCUCGCAGCAGCCGUCCCACUCGCUGGGCGGGCCCCGCGACUGGAGGCCCGCCAAGCUGCGCAGGACUCCGUUGCAGCGGAGUUCUGCACCUGGGACCAUGGACACAUGGACUGCUUCGACACGUCUGAGAAGGCAGACGCCGUUCGCCUCGCCUACGCCACCGGCCAAUGUCUUGUUCAUCACGACGGAUCACGGCACGGCAACUGCACAUACAUGCCUGCAGCAACACCAGUCUGCGGUGAGGUCAUUCUGGGCAAGUUCAACAUGCCCAUGCACAUUGCCUCCGUCUUCAUCGUUCUCAUCAUCUCGGCUCUGGGCGUCUACAUGCCCACCAUCGCUGGCUGGUUCGUCAAGAACCCCAACGGCUCCAAGUCGGUUGGCCACCUCGACGCGGCCUCCUUUGGCCGUGAAUAUGGUUUCUGGGGCAACGUCUUCUUUCUCGCCCGUCAUUUCGGCACAGGUGUGAUCAUUUCCACAGCCUUCGUUCACUUGCUUUAUCAUGGGUUCCUGAUGUGGAACGACAAAUGUCAUGGUACCCUUCUCUUUGCGCCCGUUGCGCCCACCAUUGCGAUGGUUGGAGCCCUUAUCACCUUUGCACUCGACUUUACUGCCUCCCAUGCCGCGGAGAAGCGUUUCGGGGCUGGCUCUGGCCUCACCAGCUCGACCCCAGCCGAGACCCCGGACAUCAGCCAUACCGAGAAAGACAUGGUUCCUCACAACGGUUGUUGCCCCGACGCCGAGGCAGCCAUCCUUGCCUGGCAGAACAAGGAACUCUGGCGCGUUCUUCUCCUCGAGGCCGGCAUCAUCUUCCACUCCGUUAUGAUCGGUGUCACACUUGGCGCCGACUCGUCCCCAUCAUGGACCACACUCUUUAUCGUCAUCAUCUUCCACCAGUUCUUCGAGGGCGCGGCCCUGGGCGCCCGUCUUGCUCUUCUUCACUGGCUGAGCCGGUGGCGUUCCUUCCUCCAGGCCAGCAUGUUCAUGAUCGUCACCCCCAUCGGUAUUGCGAUCGGUAUCGGCGUCCGCCAGUCGUUCUCGGCGAACGGAAGAGCUGCACUCAUCUCUAUCGGCAUUCUCGAUUCCACCUCGGCCGGUAUUCUUCUAUACACUGCUUUCAAGCUCCUCGCGGCUGACUUUGUCGACGGCCCGCUCAAGAAUGCAAACAAGAAGAGCCUAUUUGCUUCAUUAUUCUCACUAUUCCUCGGCAUCUUGAGCAUGACCAUCUUAGGCCGAUGGGUCUAA